UUUGUAUCCUAAUUACUACCUUAACUAGAAGAAAAAGGAGAAGAAGACAACGCUCACUCUACUCCGCGGACUCGGCUCGAACGAAGCAACUCAAAACGAGGGAAUUCCCGUCACGACCAGAGACGAUUUUCCCGAGUGACGAUCUAUAGCAACGAGAUGUCUGUGGUAGAAGAAGCACCGCCACUGAAUGAAUUUGGAGAAGAGGAAGAAGACGGCGAGCUCUCCUGGUCUUCAGACUCUGAAAUCGGCGAAGCCUUGGACUGGUUGGAUUCCAAGGAUGAAGAGGAGGUUGUUGAUGGGUCCUUUACGCUCAACGCUAGGCGACCUAAUGCCCAUGGAGGACUCCACUCGCGACCUACUUCGUCCACGCUUCAACCUCUUUCUAAUAGGAACCAGAAGUUCACUAGUCACAUUCGUGCUUCGCCCUUAGAGGAGUGGGAGGGAAGGAUGAAUGUUGGCAUGUCAAAUUCUGUUACAACUGCAAUUCGUGAGAGUGUACGAGAAAUGGCUAUUGGUAAAACUAAAACCACGGAGAAAGCUGACCGUGCAACUGUUGAGCAGGCUAUUGAUCCUAGAACUCGCAUGGUACUAUUCAAAAUGCUCAAUCGGGGAGUAUUUCAUGAUAUCAAUGGCUGCAUAUCAACAGGAAAAGAAGCAAAUGUAUAUCAUGCUACAAAAUCUGAUGGCCAAGAACUAGCAAUAAAAGUUUAUAAAACAUCUGUCCUGGUUUUCAAGGAUCGUGAUCGAUAUGUACAAGGUGAUUACCGCUUCAGACACGGAUACUGUCGGCACAAUCCCCGGAAAAUGGUGAAGACUUGGGCUGAGAAGGAAAUGAGGAAUCUUAUGAGGCUUAGAGCAGCAGGAAUUAGGUGCCCAAUGCCCCUACUCUUGAGGCUUCAUGUUCUGGUGAUGGAAUUCAUAGGGAAAGCAGGUUGGGCUGCACCACGUCUUAAGGAUGCAUCAUUAUCUUCCGACAAGCUACGUGAAGGUUAUGUGGAGGUGAUAGUUGCAAUGCGGACAUUAUAUCAGAAGUGCAAACUGGUGCAUGGAGACCUCAGUGAAUAUAACAUACUUUAUUUUGAGGGUCACUUGUAUAUAAUUGAUGUUUCUCAAGCAGUAGAUCUUGACCACCCACAUGCCCUUGAUUUCUUACGUGAAGAUUGUGUUCAUGUCUCUGAUUUCUUUAAAAAACAUGGCGUGGCUGUUAUGACAAUUCGAGAGUUAUUUGAUUUCAUAGUUGAUCCAUCUAUUGCUGAUGAUUCUGUGGACACUUAUUUGGAAGAGGUUCAACAAAAGAUUUUGGCAAGAGGAGACAUAUCUGUAGAGGAUGAAAUUGCAGACUCUGUAUUUGUGCAGUCAUAUAUUCCGAAGACCCUAGAUCAUGUCAAGAAUGUUGAGGAGGAUGUGAUUCGGAUAACAAGCGGUCAGGACACUGGAGACAUGUACUAUCAAACUAUUACAGGGCUGAAGGAUGCUCUUUCCAGAGUUCAACCUGCACCAGAGCCACAGAAUGAGGACCCAGUUCCUGCAGAAGACUCCUCUGUCAACCCAGCUGAAGACGAUGAAUCUUCUGCAAGUGAGUCUGAGUCUGAAGCAGACGAAGAUGAAGAAAGCUCCAGUGAUGUUGAAGGGAGAGGUCCUACGGACAAUGCAACAAAAGUCCCGGCUGAUAAGAAGGCAGCCCGAAAAGAGAAUAAGAAGAAAGUUAAAGAAGAGAAGAGAGAGGCUCGUAAGACUAAAGUGCCAAAGGCUGUCAAGAAACGAAAGAAGAAACUUGCAAAAGCACACAAGACGAGGUUCUCUGUAUAUACAAAGCAAACAUUAUAUUUAUGCCAUUUGAACCAUCAUACCUCGAGAAUUGGUUGUUUUUGGAGAAACAUUUGCAAGCUAAGAGGUUGGAUUGAUUUAUUAUGUCUGGUGAUUUAAGUUUUAUAGGAUUUUAUCUCUAAUGAACUUUAAAUUCUUACUGUUUAUGCACUCAA